AAUAUUAUAGUAUAAAUAUCAUACAAGAUUCUGUAUUCCUAAUGUACAUAUAGAGUUAAACUCUUCUCAUGCACCUGGAGGCACAUCGAUCAACGCUAAGCUAGAAGGUGUAAACGACAUCAAGGCGGAAUAAGCCGAAAACUGGCUUGGUACAUGGCUGAAGAGCGCUACAGAUGUACAUAUAUGCUGCAUCACUCAGGUGUGUAGCGCUGCUGAUCUCAGCGGUAGCCGUCUUUGCCGAUGAAGAGCCCGAAGGAGUCCAAAAGCUGACCGAUGUUGUGCCGGAGUCACACGAUCGCUUAAAGCAACUGUCACAGCAGAUGCUGCAAAGGUUCCAUAAUUGCUUCGAAGUGGGACAGGCACUGUGUCUGGGCGAGCAUGUGAUCAAGUCCACUGCAAACCAGCAAGGUUUAGUUGGUCAUUGGACGUUUGACCUAAUCGAACCGGUGGAUGAAAGUGGAAAUGGCAAUCAUAUUCUAGAUACAGUUGAUGCAGGGCCUCCAUCAACAGGUCACGGAUCUAGCGCCAUAUUUGAUCCAGAUACUAGCUACAGGGUGGCGGAUAGCCCUUCUUUAGGUGUACAGGAAUUUACUCUUGACCUCAGGGUCUAUCUCCUGGAAACGAGAUCAUCCGGAUUUAGAAAUGUCAUAUCCAGACGCAGCUACUAUGCUCAAUCGCCUACAUUGAUGCUAUACCCCCAAAGCAAUAGGUUAUCGAUUAGGGUGUCAACCAGCAACUCAGCCAACGAGGGGAUGACAUCAAACGGAACCAUUCCGUCAAGAAGAUGGACACAACUUACAGUUGUAGCUCGCCAAAGAACGUUGAAAUUGUAUAUCAACGGGAGCCUCGAUUCAGCUAUUGCACUGAGAGGUGACUUGGUACCAGGAGCCGGUGACCUGUUUUUUGGUCGUAAACUUGAUAUACAGGGCUUUAAGGGUUACAUGGACGAUGUCAAGCUGUACAACUACGCAAUGGGAAGCGGGCUUAUAGCAUCACUAUCGCACCCAAAUCUUACGGGAAUCGUCGCACCGUUCAGAAUACAACUUGCUUCAACACACUGUAGUAUACAGGAAGCUAGUUCCAGGGGGCUGUGCGCCACUGGCUGUAAGCUGUGUACACUGGACCAACUAUACAGAGGUGCUGCCCAUGCAGCAAGGGUCAAUGGCUGGCUACAUGAUAGCAACAGGGUAUGGCACGUGGGAAUACCACACGCUCCACCUAAUGAAAAACACGCUGCGCUAUGCUGCUGCUAAUAUAUAU